GUGUGCCUAAAGCGUGAAAAGACAGCCGGCAAGUAAUUUUUUUUGUUGUAUUUAUAUUUGAAAAAAUAGCGAGUUGUGCACGCUCUUAAAUUGGUCAUUUGAUUCGUGUUUGCCUGUGAAAGCAGUUCUCCUGUGCAAACCAGUUCAUGAUGCGCUGAGCAUCGACAAUUAACGUAAAAGCCACAGUCGAUUGUCGCAACAACAACUGCGAUAGUGGCUCGGACUUGCCGCCGUCGUGUUUUUCCCCGCUUAGAUAUAUUCAGUUAAUGCGUAUGUACACAUAAGAAGCUGCACGUACAAUAAACCAACAGAGCACGUGCGUUACCCACGCCAACAACUUGAAUAUAAUGAUGCAGGGUGUACGGCAGCAAUUGAUUGACUGGAGAUACCUGACGCGGGAGCAAAUCGAUGGCUUUGACAAUUACAAGUACAGCGCCAUAGACACAUCGCCGCUUAGCCAAUAUGUAAUGCACCCCUUUUGGGAUUGGCUGGUCAAGUUCUUCCCGCGCUGGUUUGCGCCCAAUCUGAUGACGUUCCUGGGCUUCCUGUUUAGUGUGAUGAACCUGGUGCUACUCUCCUACUACGAUUGGAAUUUCGAGGCCAGUUCGGGUGAGGAGGGCACAACGCCCAUUCCAACAUGGGUUUGGCUGUGCGCCGCCAUCAACAUAUUUGUUGCGUACACCCUGGACGGCAUCGAUGGCAAGCAGGCGCGUCGCAUUGGGCUGUCCGGGCCGCUGGGCGAGCUGUUUGAUCAUGGCCUAGACUCGUACACGGCCAUGAUUAUACCAACAUGCCUAUACAGCAUAUUUGGCCGGAGCAGAGUCUACUCAGUGCGUCCGAUGCGCAUGUAUUACGUCUGCUUAACGGUCUAUUUUAACUUCUUUGUGUCGCACUGGGAGAAAUACAAUACGGGCAUAUUGUAUCUACCGUGGGGCUAUGAUCUCAGCAUGUGGGGCAGCACGGCCAUGUACCUGUUCACGUAUUGGAUGGGCUUCGAGCGUUGGAAAUUUGAGAUAUCGUUGGGCGCCCUCGGAACCCUUCCUCUGGGCAAUGUCAUGGAGGCAGUACUGCAUGUCAGUGCCAUGGCCAAUCUGCCUCUCGUAAUUCUCAACGUCUACAACUCAUAUGCUCAGCGCACCGGCCGAUUAUUGUCGCCAUGGGAGGCGCUGCGUCCGAUGUGGCCAUUUAUAACCUACUUUGUCCUGCUGUUGCUCUGGCCCUUUUUGUCGCCCAAUGAUAUUAUGGAAAGGGAUCCGCGCGCCAUGUUCAUGCUAAGCGGCACAAUUUUCUCCAACGUCAGCUGCCGCCUGAUUGUGUCCCAAAUGUCUGUCACACGAGCCGAGGCCUGGCACUGGCAGACGCCCAUGUUUGUGCUUUCCGUGCUGGUCAGCCUGUGGCUUCCGGUGCUGGAGCGGCCGCUGCUCUACACGCUGCUCCUUGUGACCACCUUGUCGCAUUGGCACUACGGCGCCAGCGUGGUGAAUCAGAUGUGCGAGCACUUCAAUCGCGUUUGCUUCACGGUGCACAAACGAGUGGAAUAUCAGACCACGAAUCCGGAGCAAACAUUGCAGGAGCGCAAGGAGGGUCCGACGACAGCACUCAAACAGGAUUAGGCUACGCACAUUCCGUCAAAUUUAUGAAUGUGCUACGAUUAUUCCGGAGGCUCGAACCGUGUGUGCGAUGUGAGAUUCUACGUAAUUAUUUGUUCUAGUUAACGCUUUCUCAAGCAAAUGCUCAGGUAGCACGGACCUUGAGUUACACUAUCUGAUAUACUUGUAAAUUGACUUAGAUAUUCCUUUUAUUAAUGUUUUUAUUGGAAAACUGAAACUCGCUUAUCCCAAAGUAUUCAGUGUUAAAUGUGUAACCGAUAUCAACAUUUAUGCACUCCUUGGAAUAAAAUCAGGUUUUGGCUUUCAACUAAGAGAACUAUCCGAAUCAUUUAAUCGUUAAUCAACACUCAUCUUACAUUCAAAUUGUAUUUAAGAUUAGACACAUUUUUAAAGGCCAGAUUCGGUCGAAAAAAAUACGCUCGCAUCGUGUUCCCUGUAAACAUUCUAAUUAUUAAAUUAUUUUUUAUGCCAGUGUUUUAUAUUCAUUGUCAUAUCACUUUCAAAUUCUAGUAUAAUGGCAUACCUUAAAUGUGCUUAAUUUAUUUGUAUUAUUUUUUAAUUGUUAUAGUUUAUAUUGUGCCCACGCAAAAAGAUUACAAAAAUUCUAGCUGAAUGCUGAACAUGACAUGUUUAAUUAAGACAACCGCCAAGACCUCUAAUUAUUUAAAUGCAUACUAUGUAAUUAUUAUUUAAACACAUAAUUAUGUAUACUACUUACUUAUUAUGUGGUCGCUGUAUCGCCACAAUUUAUGGAUUAAUUAUGUUUAACUGUAAAUGUCGCUUCCCCCUCCUUGAAACUGUGCAAAAGACAAGACAACUUUUAAAAAUAAUAAAUUAUAUUUUAGAAAACGCGA